UACAGUUGGACAGGUAUGAAGAUUUUACAGAAAAAAUGUAUAAUUCAUGGUUUUGAAUCAGUUUGCAUUUGAAUGCAUCAGAGAUGAGGAUGGUCUGGUGGAACCUGCUUAUCUUUAUCCUUGCUGAUGUGUCAGCAAACUGGACCGAUCUCAACCUUCCAACAGAGCAUAUUCCUUUCUUCUUCUCCAACAACCCAGAUACCAAAGAGUUGUGUCACCAAGACCCACAAUGUCCCUACAAGACAGAGCUGACAAAGGAGAAAUGCUGGGGCUAUGAGGGGGGGUGUCCGGAGGAGAAGAGAAUGUCCUCACCAAGCUGUCCGGGAGACAGUAGGGGGUGGACACAGAGGAAGGAGGAACAGCUGGACAUGUUCUGGAAGGGUGCUGAUUUUGGAUACAUCAAGGAGAGACGUGGAGAGAUGAAGGUUCUGUGUGCACCUGAUACACAGGAGGAUUCGUUACUAGAGUGUGUCAAAUACACACGCUACUGCCGGGCCAAAAACAUCUACUUUGACUUCACAAAGUCUAAACUAAAGGAGGGAAACAACAGGUUCCGAGAGGAUGUAUUUAGUGGUGGUCAAAUUGGUGGGCAUUGUAAACUAGAUAAGCAAGCCCUGAAGGCUGAAGGGGAACACAAAAGUGCCCUCCAGUCCUGGUUUGCUGAACUGGAGUUUUACACAUCUUUACCAUAUCGUCCGAUUAAGGACAAAAAAUGUGAUAUAGUCAUAGACAAGCCUACCUACUUCAUAAAACUAGAUGCUGGUGUGAAUUUGUAUCAUCACUUCUGUGACUUUGUUAAUCUGUACGCCUCACAACAUUUAAACAAUUCCUUCAGCACCGACAUCAACAUUGUCAUGUGGGACACGAGUCCGAUGCUCUACAAUGAUUUGUUUUCUGUAACGUGGAAAAUGUUCUCAGACCACCCAGUGAUAUCGCUUAAUGAAUAUGAUGGCAAAAAGGUGUGUUUUAAAGAUGCAGUGUUUUCCUUGCUUGCUCGUAUGAGAUAUGGAAUGUAUUACAAUAUGCCAUUAGUGCCUGGUUGUCAUAGUAGCAGUUUUUUCCGGGCCUUUCAUCAGCAACUUGCUCACAGAAUCGGCUUGCACCAGCAGGGACCAUUGAAGGAUAAAAUUAGAGUGACACUUCUCACAAGGAGUACAAAGUACAGGAAAAUUCUCAACCAGGACAAGCUUAUUGCUGCCAUGAAAACUGUUGGGGAAUUGGACGUGAACGCAGUGGAUUUGACUUGGAGUAUGAACUUCAAAGAUCAGAUGGAGGUCUCCCACAACAGUGAUAUAUUUAUUGGUAUACAUGGUGCGGGGCUGACCCAUAUGUUAUUUCAGCCAGACUGGGGUGUUGUCAUGGAGUUGUAUAAUUGUGAGGACAAUGGUUGCUACCUUGACCUUGCCCGACUUCGGGGAGUACACUACAUGACUUGGGAAAAGAAAAACAAACUUCAUCAAGAGGAUGAGGGACAUCACCCCACCCUGGGAGCUCACGCUAAGUUCACCAAUUAUGGAUUUAAUGUGGAAGAAUUUCUCCGCCUCGUCCUCAAAGCAGCCGACCACGUUCGUUCACAUCCUGCAUUCAUCGAAGCUAAGAAACAGAAACACGGCAGGACUAACGAGCCUAAAGCAGAACUGUAGAAAGCCCUGUUAUGUAUACAUGUAUCAGUUAGGUGAUAUGGUUUCCACUGAAUUUUACGAGUGAAGUCUAUGAAUGAGAUUUUGAUCGAGUUAACUGGCAUAUCCUCAAUUCAGAUUGGUUGACAGUUUGGGGACAUUGUCUCUCAGAAAUAUACUUAGGUUUUUACCAAAGUGGUUGUAUGGUUGUAUUAUGAUGAUAUUUAGGUCAAGUUCAAAGAUGAGUGAUAUCUGUGAGUGAGAAAUGACAUUAUAUCCUCAAUUCUGAUUGGUUGACAGUUCUUCAUAAUAUGUUUUUGAAAUAUUUAUAUUUUUUGCCAAAGUUGGUGCUUGGUUCUAUAAUAGCAAUAUUCAGGUCAAGUUCACGGAUGAGUACAGAACUGAAUAUUAAAUGAUAUCAUGGACAUAUCCUGAAUUCUGAUUGGUCAACUAUUUUUUUACUAUGUGUAUGGUUGUAUAUGAUUUUUGCAGGUCAAAUUCAAUCUUUAGUGAAUUCAGAAUGUUUAAGGAAUACUUAAAUUACAACUGAACAAUGUUCUGAUAAUGAAGUAGUAAAAAUGUUUCCUGUGAAUGUGUUCAUGAAGCAUCCCCUUCUGAUUCAUGCAAAGUGACGAUUUUUGGAAGUACACAUAUGGCUGUGAAUCCUGAAUUCUGAAUUAUAUUGAUGCAUGAUCAGGUGAGAUGAGAACAAGUGAGAGGAUGUUUGAAUUUUUUUAGCUCACCUGGCCCGAAAGACCAUGUAUUACUGCUGCGUCCGUCAACUUUUUCUUUUGAACGACUUCUCCCGAAGGAACUGGAGGACCUAGGGUCAUGAUAUUUGGCC